AGGGGAAGGACAAUGGCGGGGUGGGCCUACAGCUCCCGGCACGCCGCGGGGCCGGAACUGCCGGUCCUGGCGUGCCCUGACUAGCGGCGUUGCGGGUGCUGGUCGCGGCUGUGCCAGCUCCGAUGGCGGCGGUGCCGCCGCCGGUCUACGUAUACAGCCCGGAGUACGUGACCCUCUGCGACUCCCUCUGCAAAGUGCCCAAGCGGGCCAGCAUGGUGCAUUCACUGAUUGAAGCGUAUUCCUUGCUUGGCCAGAUGAAGAUAGUCAAGCCAAAAGUGGCCUCCAUGGAGGAAAUGGCGAGUUUCCACACAGAUGCUUACCUGCAGCACCUGCAGAAGGUCAGUGAGGAGGGGGAUGAUGACCACCCGGAGUCUGUGGAGUAUGGACUGGGUUACGACUGUCCAGCCACUGAAGGGAUCUUUGAGUAUGCAGCGGCUGUGGGAGGAGCCACCAUCACUGCAGCUCAGUGCCUGCUGGAUGGCAAGUGCAAAGUAGCAAUUAACUGGCCUGGAGGGUGGCAUCAUGCAAAGAAACAUUGUUUUCACAGGGAUGAAGCUUCUGGUUUCUGUUAUGUGAAUGACGCUGUUUUGGGGAUCCUGCGACUGCGCCAGAAAUUUGACCGCGUCCUUUAUAUCGAUUUGGAUUUGCAUCAUGGGGAUGGAGUUGAGGAUGCCUUUAGUUUCACCUCGAAAGUCUUGACUGUUUCUCUGCACAAAUUUUCACCAGGAUUUUUCCCAGGCACUGGUGAUGUGACAGAUGUUGGCCUGGGAAAAGGUCGCUAUUACAGUGUGAAUGUGCCCAUUCAAGAUGGCAUUCAGGAUGAAAAAUAUUACCAGAUCUGUGAAUCAGUGCUGAAGGAGGUGUAUGCUGCCUUCAACCCCGAUGCAGUUGUGCUGCAGCUGGGGGCGGACACCAUUGCUGGAGACCCCAUGUGCUCUUUCAACAUGACACCCGAGGGAGUGGGGAAGUGCCUCAAGUAUGUCCUGCAGUGGCAGCUAGCAACUCUUGUCCUGGGAGGAGGUGCAAGUCUCAGUACUGACUCAGAUCUUGAGUUAAAAGCUGCAUGGCUCCUCUGGAGAAGAUGAGAGGCCAACAAACUGACCCUGACUUCUCAGUGACACCUCUGAUUCCCAUCUCUGCUGAUCAGCCCUUCAGUGCUUCUCUUUAAAAAGUGAGCACUAUGUUCCCAAACCUACCUUGGGCACCUGGUGAUGAAUGGUUUCAUUCAGAUUCAAGCAGGGGCUUGGGACGAGGCCUGACUGCCUGCAAGGUACAGCAGGACUCUGAUACCCAGUGAAAGUUAAGCUGGACUUAGGUCUGUUGUGUUGCUUAGCCAGCUGCUUGCCCAAUGGGGAGAGCACAGGACAGGUUUUAUGUUAACAGAGCAUUUCAGAGCAACAAAAGCCCCUGUGGGCCAGGGAAAGCCCCUGAGCUCCAUGACUGGAGCCGGAUCAGCUCUAGGUGUUGUCCUUUUUUAGAUGGGGGAAAUAAUGUAUAGGAUAUUAAGGCUAAAAUUUGAUGUGCCUGAUGCCCUUUGUUUUGGAAAGGUUAUGAGUGAUUAGUCCUGCUGUGGCUUGUCUGUGAGUGUGCUGGAGAUGUCAUCUUUCAAACAAAACCCAAAACUUCUGUUAAAAAAUGAGGAUCAACUAUGUGUCACUUGUGAAAAUAGCAAAGGAGUGUCCCACCACUGCAGCAUGUGGAAGCAUUUGAAGUCGAAAUUGGGGGAGGAGUAAAAAAAAAGCAGGGGAAAAAACUCCACUGCAAACAGAAGGGAAUAUUGGAAAAAUAUGGUCUGUCUUGUCAAAGUGCUUUUCUCCCUUUACUCUUCUAGUCAUCUAUUCUGGAAAAAAAACAUACUUGAGUCUCUUGCAGGAUUGCUUUCAGCUAAGAUUUCUCCUUAUGGGCUCAUGUUCCUUUACCAUGUAGGUAACCAUUUCCUGCUCACUGUGAAAUCUCAUUUCUGUGUAAAGCAGUUGCAAGUUGUAGCAAUGAGUUUCAUAUUUGUCCUCUCAAAGAUGACGGUGCUGAAGAGCUCACCAGCGUAUGGCUGGGCAUGUGUAUUUUGCUUUAUAGGUCCUUUAAAGGCUGGUAUUAAAAAGCAGGAAGCCCCAUUUCUGCUGUGGCCUGCUACUUGAGAAUGGCUCUUCUUGUUGCCGGGAGAGAGUUCAGCACAUGGGGCUUGGGAGCUCAUCCUGGGUCUGAGAUGGUGGCUGGAGGACUGGCCUCUGCCACUGGAUGUAACUGGGGUUCAGUUUGAGUGGUCUGCUCUUGCAUACACUGUCAUUCAAACUUGGCUUUGUGUAGCCAGCAGGUGCAGAAGGCAGAUUUUGGGCAUGGCUUGAGUGGAUGAAAUAAGCUGAACUAGUGUAACCUGUGCACAGUGGUUUCAUUAUUUGUUUCUUCCACCUAAAUCUCUUUUUCUCUUUUGCCUUUCCCCACUCUUCCUCCUCA